AUGAUUAUGAAAGCAAGUGCAAAGCAGAAACUAACCCAAACAAAGCCCAUGGUGAGGGGAAACAUACAUUCAGCUCAGCCCAACUAUAAGCAAAAGAAGAAUGGAAGACAAGAAUAUGGUACCAGUCCAAAUUUGGAGCGGAGUCCGGUCUUCACAGAGAUCUGGCCAAACUCAGAGCCUUCUUCUCCUUGUGAAUCGCCCACUUCUCACAAACAUGUGCCAAAAACAUCUAUACUCGAGUCUUCUGAAGUCCACAUGGAGGAGAGUUCAGCCCUGUCAAAAUAUUUGGAUCGCUUUCGUCAUGGUGAGCCACAAAGUCGAGAAGAACGACAGAAAGAGUCCAAAGAGCAGCUGCCAUCCUGGUGGGCGUCUGCUCCAUCACUUCCUCCCGGUGCAACAGCAGACAACGCAGAACAGAGGCGGCUUCAUCAUAACAAAAUCAUUUCACCAAGUAGGGGGUCCUUAAGUAUUUUGUCCGACAACUCUCAAUGUGAACCUUACGAGUCUGAGAUUUUGCAGCUGCAAGAGAGAGCCAGCCGACUAUUGCACAGGGGUGAAUUUCCUCUGGAGGAUGAUUCUCUCCCCGUGAGCUCAGAGGGCAUCGGCAGCUCUGAGUUUUCUUCUCCAGUCAGUGCAGAUGAGCCUGUGAGAAAACCUAUCAUUUCAAGUUUGCCCAAGUACAAUACUGCUAAAGACCCACCUUAUAUUCUGCCAUCAUCAGCGACUCCUUUGCGCCCGGAGGAAGACAUUUUGUUCCAAUGGCGAUUAAGAAGAAAGAUGGAGAAGGCCAGAGAGUGGACUCAGGCACAACAGCACUUUGACCCUUACAGCUGGAGAGGACGCAAUGAAAACCCUCUUCAGCACAAAACAACGGAGCCCCAAUCAAUGUACAGCCCAGAUUUUCCUCAGGGAGAGCCUCAAACGUCGACCGGUGGACGUCAUUUGAACAGUUUGGAUCAACAGACUAGUCCUCCUGCUAUGCUGCCCUCUGGCUCUGCGGCAGCCUCACUACACGCUCCAGCCCACGUCCCCUCACACACGCAUUUACUUUGUGAUAUUUUGCCUUGUCCCAAUCGACUGCUUUCUACUUGCGAAGAGGCGACGGUUCCACAAAGACCUCAUACGCAAACUCUACCUCAGAACACACCCAUAAGCGGACGUGCUGAGAAGGACGUGGCUUUAUCUAACGCUAAAAUAACGAAGGAAGCAACGACACAAGUCGAAAACAGGGAGAAGAAAUGUUCACGUUCGUCCCAGGAGCUGAACAAGUCCUCAGCCAGGAUUCACAGGCGACAGAAAGUUCCCACGAAGACGAGCACGCCGCAGAAGCUGCACAAACGCACAGAUUUGAACGUGAGGAGCAGAGAGGAGGAGGCUCCAGCUUCUCCCAUCCACAGAGCUCUGGGACAGGCGGUUUCUGAAAUACUGUUUCAGUCUGUGGACUCGACCGCUUCAGACGUCGUUCCCUCAGAACACACAGACUCUGCAGAAGUCGUGUCUCAGUUUCUUCAAGAGGCUCAGGAUUCUGAUGAAAGUGAGUUUGAAGACGAUCCUUUGCUCCAAGUGCUUCGUAAACAGAGGAAGUGGGUGAAAGAACAAAUCACUGAAGUCGAUGCGUUGCUCAAAGAGGUCCAACAACAACACAACAUCUGA